AUGGGUGUGGAUUCUUCCAAUGGGCUAAUGCAAAUGAUUCAACAUGCCAAGAACAAUACAACAUUAAGAAUCCAUCAACGAGUUCAGGCCAAGGAAGACAAGGAAGACAAGGAAGACAUAGAAGACAAGGAAGGCAAGGAAGACAAGGAAGACAAGGAAGACAUAGAAGACAAGGAAGGCAAGGAAGACAAGGAAGACAAGGAAGACAUAGAAGACAAGGAAGGCAAGGAAGACAAGGAAGACAAGGAAGACAUAGAAGACAAGGAAGGCAAGGAAGACAAGGAAGACAAGGAAGACAUAGAAGACAAGGAAGAUACAGUAGUUCCAAGAUUUGUGGCCUUUAAUUGCUCAGCAUAA